CGGAAAUGCGUCACCAGUUUGUGGUAGCCAUUUCCGUUUGAAGAGCGCUGUUCGUGUUAGCUGUUUACAGCGUGUUUUUUCUUCACAUACUAAAUAGAUACGCUCCAUAAACCCUCGCCAUGGCUAUGCAGGCGGCGAAACGCGCUAACAUCCGAUUACCUCCGGAGGUGAACAGAAUCCUGUAUGUCAGGAACCUUCCUUACAAGAUCACAGCUGAAGAAAUGUACGACAUCUUUGGGAAGUACGGACCGAUUCGUCAGAUCAGAACAGGGAACACGCCCGAAACCAGAGGAACGGCUUACGUCGUGUACGAAGACAUCUUCGACGCCAAGAACGCCUGUGACCAUCUGUCGGGCUUCAACGUGUGCAACCGCUACCUGGUGGUCCUCUACUACAACGCCAACAGGGCUUUCCAGAAAAUGGACACAAAGAAGAAAGAGGAGCAGCUGAAGCUCCUCAAGGAGAAAUACGGCAUCAACACAGACCCUCCCAAGUAGAUCCAGCAGACCUGCUCCUGUUCCUCCUCCUCCUCCUCCCCCCUCCAUACUGCAGCUUGUUUUCUCCUCUUCUUCAGUCCUGUUGACUUUGUGACCUCCUGAGUGUGAACUGUGUCUGACGCCGCCGUUUCCCUCGACACUCGCCGUCAGUUUGAUCUCCAGAGCAGGAAUCAAACCUUCGGUCGGUUUCCAUCACAGUGAUUGACAGGCCGGACAAACGGGGUGCAGGAGGAGCGACGCAGCCUCCAGCCGCUUGUUAAAUCUGUCACAACGCUUCUCUUGCUUUUUUUUUUAAUUUUUCUUUUCAUCACUUUUAAUUUAAAGCCGUGCUCUGCUGCGUGUGGACUGUUUCAUGUGUGUAAAAUAAAGGUUUCUUUUUUUAAACCUGCCGUCUCUUCCUGUUUUCACGCUGCAGCUGCAGCCGGGUGGAAGCUCCGUCUUCUGGGCAGUAAACAGCUCAGUCUGAAAAGUCUAUCAGUGAAGUGUCAGAGAAUCAGUGGGAAAAAGAAUGACAAAUUAAACCUUUAUUUUUGGUAGAAAUAAGAAAUCAGUCACUGUGCCGCAGCGACACCUGCUGGUAGAUCAGACACAUGAUCAAGGAUCUUUUAAUGCAAACUCUUCUACCAGCUGUCCUGUUUCUUUCUGCUGUUUGUCUUAACUUCUAAAAGUUAGACUCUGAUUUACGGGAGAUUUUGUUCAGACAGGUGCAACAUAAGAACCCAGAUAUAUUCUGGUUUUCAAAUUAUAAAAUGUUGAGUCAGCUUUUUGAAAAGCACGUUUUUGCUUUAAGUCAUAUCUGUAAAGCCUGGGAUCGAAGACAAAUUAAGUUGUAUCCUCCUGUGUGAUGUGGAUAUUGUUAUGUUAUGAUGGAUUGUACAGUUUCUGUGAAUUUAUGUCGGCAGCCAUCUGAAUAUUGUUUUGUGAAAUGUGUCUUGUAAGCCCAUGAGGGCUGGGCACUUAUGUGCAAGACACUAUAAUAAAAUCAAAUCAAUCAAUCAAAAAUCUAAAACGCCUAGAAAAAUUGUCUUAAACAUGGAAACGUUACUGAGAUUCAAAGCAUCCAACAGCAUAAUAACUGACGUGGUGGAUUAAUUUAGGCCUUUUUUGAACGUAAAAAAAAAUUGUUACAACUUAUUAGUGUAAUAAGAUCAUAAAUAUUUUGUUUUGCAAGUGUCCUAAAUGAUUAAAAAUAAAGCUUUU